CCUGAAGUGACAAAGAGGUGGGCCAAGCUCAGUUGAGCUCGAGCUGUGAUGAAGGCAGCGCGCGGUGCUGCCCAGCGUGCUUCUGCUGUAAAUUUAGCGAACAAGUCAGGAGGAAAAUAUCCGAAGGGAGGGAGGGAGGGGGAAGCGCGCGUGUGAUAGGCAUUGGACGGCUCCCUUCAUACCAGUAAGACAGGGGAUUGAGUUUCUCCAUCGGGAGCUGCGUUAUUAAAGACCACUGGCGACUGGCUGGUCCAAACAUUGGAGUGCAUUGUCCGUCGCCUGCGAAUUGCCACAGCACCAUGCGAGCAGGAGAGACGCGCCCUGGGCCAUGCUGAACGACUCCCCGACUCUCCUGCUGGCUCUCACCGCAGUGGCCGGACUUCUCCAGCGAUGCCAGGGCUGGAGCGACGAAGAACUCCUCCUGCCGCCCACCAACUCCUCCAACAGGUUCCUGACCAACCUGGAGGUGGACGUGCGCUUCUCCAAGAGGUCCGUGGAGGAGAGCGACGCCUCCCCCGACGCCUCGCCCGACGCCUCCUCCCUGCAGCCGGUGUCCCAGUGCAACGUGAGCGUGCAGAGGCUGCUGCCCACCUCGCUCGUGGCCCGCUGGGACAGCAGCUUCGGCUUCCAGUGUGAUGUGCUCAUCUACACCAUCAACAACCACGGAAGGGCUUUUUUCUCCGCGGCGUUCAACAGGGCAAUCUCGCCCGUCGUCAUCGAGCAUCUCGGUAUCACCGGGGUUCAGCAGGAGCUGCGGCUGUGCGUGGGCUGCGGGAUGUCCCGGUACCGGAGAUUCGGCCAGGGCAGGUCGAGGGGCCAGCAGGCGGGGGGUCAGGUCACUUUCUGCUGCGUGGAUUUCAGCCUCGACGAACUGAAGGGGGACAAAAGUUGGAGGCUGAACAGAAAGCCCAUCGAGUCGACACUUGUGGCUUGUUUCAUGACUUUGGUCAUCAUUGUGUGGAGUGUUGCUGCUCUCAUAUGGCCAGUCCCCAUCAUUGCAGGGUUUCUGCCCAAUGGGAUGGAGCAGAGGAGACCGAGAUAAUUGAACAUAAUCUUUAUUAUAAUUAGCCUGUGCUGCCUAUUCUAUAACUGUAGCCAUUGAACUGUUCACCUGAAAGAAUGAUGGAGGAGCUACUGAGACAUUUUUGAUCAGAUGCUUUAGUUUUGGGGUGUUUUUUAACUAAUUUAGAGCUCCUCCACAUUACAAGGUAAAGUAUGAUGGAUUAUAGCCUACUAGCCAUUAGUGAUCUAUACUGGGACCAACACCAAUGUGUUUUGUAUACCCUUGUAGGCCUUCCUAUAUAUAAUGUCAACGUAAACUGUGCAAACUUUUCUCUUUAAACAGUGUUUGUAUAGUUUUCAAUCUUUCUAGAAAGUUUUUGCCUUAUCCCAUGUGUAGGACCUUUGCACUGAAACCUGAACUUUAAAGUGUGCCGUCACAUAUAUAACCACUAGUCAUGUUCAAAGUUCAUGUAUUAGUUUUAAUUUCCCCAAAUAGAUGUUGUAUCUUGAAAUAGAGAGGGUUUCAAUAAUAACAUUGGUAGGUUUAUAAUAUCAAUAUGCGUGUUUAUUUGUAUCCAUGUUCCAAUGGUUUCAAUUAAAAUAAAAUUGAUUAUAGGCUAUCUCAGAUUCUCUCUAAACUGUUUUCUGUGGCCCUAUCAAAUUGACUUCACACUGAGUUUAAGUGAACAUUGCAUGUGAACAAAGGCAAAGUCUUUGGAAAACAUACACUCAGUUGCCAGUUUUUACACCAAGCUCAAACUAAUGCAGCUUAUAAAACGAUACCUUGAGGAAGGUCCUAAUGUUUCAGAGAGCUGUUGAUUCAGCUGUUUGAUCAUUUUUUAAGAUGAAGUUUGUGGUGCUGUUGAGCUGUGUUGCACUGCUCAGAAAUGUGUUACCUUGAAAUGUUACUUUGAAGUGCAAAAUGCACAAAUAAUAGACUCUAUUGACCCAUAUUAUUUUAUUAUCUCAUAAAUUGUUUAAAUGCCUGCCUAUAUGACUUAUACAACUCAAAUAUACAUUUUGUUUGCUGUUUAUUUCUUAACUGCAGAUGUUGAAUUAUUAACAGUACUUCAAUAUCAAUGAUAAAGUACUUCUUCUGACAAUGGCUUCUUUUCAGAGUGUUAAAGUAUUGAUGCAUAACUAGCAGCAUUUUAAUGUUGCUGGUUCAGCUAAUGCCCAGGUUUUGUUGGUACAGA